AAUUGCUCAACUAUUUGCUAGCUAGUCGCUAGCUCAUUUUCCAUCAGGAGGUAUAUAUACUAUGCAUACUCCUGCAUACUAUCAACCAUUAUCAUAACCAUUGAUUGUAUGCAAAAAUAUGAAGGAAACUAUUCAAAAUGUUAUUAUGAACCACUUGAUUUUAAAUAAAUUAAUUUAAUUAAUUUAUCUAAAAUCAAAUUUAUUAGAAGAUUUAGAUUUCAUAACAAGAACUAUUGAAGUUGGUGAUUGGUGGUGGUGAUUGGUGGUUGGUGACUGCUGGUAAUGAUUGGUGGUUGGAAGUGGUUGUUGGUGAUGGUUGGUGGUGGUGGUUGUUGGUGGUAAUAUCAAUUCUCAGACUUUGCAAAAGCAUUUGAUUUCGUCAUCAAAACAAUGUUGCAAGCUUUAUAGUUAUUGCUCCAUUCUUAUAUUUUACAAUGGUGUAAAUUAUUCAAUAGUGUACAGUAGUGUAUAGAAUUGUAAUAGAAAAUGAAGAAAUGUUCCAGGAAAGUUUGUUUCAGAUUGGAAGGAGUCAAAAGAAAAUGGAUUACAGUGUAAAAAACUAUGAGUUUGCACGUCGAAUGUCUAGAUCAGAGUCAUCUCUCAAAGACUGUCUGUAUAAUGAUCAACGAUCAAACACUUUUUCUGAAAAGUGCUUCAAAAACGAAAAAGAUGAUUUACAAUCGUCACAAAAGAAAAUUGGCUUUAUAACUUAUGUUCCUCUGCUAGGAUUCGACAUUGGAAAGUUUUUAGGAAAAUCGAAACGAAAAAUUAAAAAUGAGACUUCUCUUUUGCGACAAGCUGUUAGAAGUUUUGACGAAAAACGUUUAAGAGAAAUUAUUGAAUCAAAAUUAGUUGAUAUAAACAUAGCUAGUUCAAAAGGUAUUACCGCUGUACACGAAGCAGCUAUUGAUGGAAAUUUGAUUGGAUUAAAAAUCCUAGUUGAUAACGGAGCAGAUAUUUCAAAAGUUGAUAACGAAGGUUUUACGUGUCUCGACUAUUCAGUUCUAGGAGGAAAUUUUGAAUGUGCUUCUUACUUAAUUAGUAAAGGUGCUAAAACAGAUCGCGUGCGAGAUGGAGUUCAAAAUAUCAAUUCAUAUUUUUCAAAAGAUUAUCGCUUGAAAGAACUGAAGCAAAACGAAUGUUCUUACCAGUGUAACAAUACAAGAAUAAAUACUUAAAACAUCUCAGCAAUUUAUUUUAAAAUAAUUUAUUAUAUAAAAAAGCCUAAUACUGUCGAGAAUAUAGUUAUAUAUUAUUGUAACAUUUAUUUAUUAAAUUUAAAGGGAUCUAUUGACAUAU